ACCAAAUCGAUUUUUACUAUGAUGGCUCAUGUCUCAUGUUUCUAAACGUAAACAGAAGUGGAAAUCGCCAAAGACAUUUUAGUCAUUACUUACAUUCUUAAUUAAGCAUAAAAUUUUAAUGAUCAAGUCAUGGUCUUACCAUUAGUAUGUGUACUUGUGUUUCCAGUUGCCAUUGUUUUUAUUGUGAGAGCUUUUCAUACGAUUAUUUUCAAGAACGGUAAGAGGCCAGAUCAUUUAAAGAGAACAAAACCAGCAAAGACACUUAUUGUACUUGGUUCUGGUGGGCAUACGACUGAAAUUUUGCGCAUUGUUGAACAGUUGAAUGGAAAAAAGUAUAAGCCAAGAAUAUACCUUAAAGCUAAGAGUGACGAAAUUAGUGAGAAUAAAGUCAAGCAAGUAGAGACUAAUACAAAAGACUACAAACUCAUUGACAUAUCAAGAAGUAGAGAAGUUGGUCAAUCAUAUUUGACAUCUAUUUUGACAACUGCUUCCUCUGUUAUGCAAUCUUUUCCCCUGAUUUGGAGUGAAAAGCCAGAUUUACUACUCUGCAACGGUCCUGGAACGUGUAUUCCUCCGUGUUUGGUUGCUUUUUUUUUUAAUUCUCUUUUCCUUACGAAUACAAAAAUUGUUUUUGUUGAAAGUUUUUGCAGAGUCAAGACUUUUUCACUGUCAGGAAAAAUUUUGUACUUUUUAGCACAUCACACUAUUGUCCAGUGGCCAUACUUGAAUGGUGCCAAGUACUCCAGGAGUAUAUUUGUAAAUUAACGUAAGAUUU